UGCGGCUCCCCUCAUUCCGCCCCUGGCCUCCUUGGGCGUUGCGUCGCACCCCUCCGCUCCUGCCACCCCUCGACCUUUCUUGGGUUUAAAAGUUUAUUCUUUGAGGGGAGAAUCUACGGCGCCGAGGGAAGCUGUUGUGGAAAGUAAGCAGCAAGCUAGGGGAUCAGGAUGGCGGGACGUCACAGCACAUCGCUGAUGCUGGUGCUCACCUGUCUUGCUGCCGUCACUGCAGGGGUGGACAACGACGUGCAGAAGGUGACCCUCCCGCAGGUGGUCAAGUAUCCUUUACGGCCCCUCAUGGAGGUCCUCUCCCAGGGCGGACCACGCGAGAUGCGAGCUGCCACUUUCCCCGGCAUCCCGUCGGGCUGCCUCUCCUGCACCGCGGGCGGACUCGGCGCCUCCACCUACGGCAGCAGCUACAGCUCAGGCUCCUUCGGCUCGGACGGCGGUUUCUCCAGACCGGGCUUGCUCAGGCCGGUGUCUGACCCGCAGGGUAAUUCUUACAAACAUGAAGUUCGAAGCGAAUCCAAAAUUGUCAACGGCCAGCCUGUGUACGAUCUGUACCAUGAACGACGCUUUGAGGACGGGCAUCUCGUUCACGAAGAAAGAAAAGAAAAGGGUGCGAAAGACGUCGACACAUCAUUCGGUCCUGGUCAGGGCCAAGGCUACCCGGGUGGUCCUGGGUACUCGAGGCACUUGCACGAAACGCACUUGCAGAGCAGCAGCGUCGGUUCCUCUGACUAUGGUUCCGCAGGGACGCUCUCGGCUCGCGGGGACGCAUCGCCUCAUUACAACUCCGAUGUGUCUAGUCUGUCAGAGAGGCUGCGUCAGCAGAUGCUGUUGCUGAAGAAUCGCAAGGGUCAUGAAACCCCGGGGGGGAGUCACCAUGCCGUCUAUUCCCAAACACGCUACGUCAACGGCCAGCCAGUCUACGUGAAGAAGGAGGAGCGGAAGUACGAGGACGGCCAGCUGGUCUACAACAAGACGGACGAGAAGGGACCCGACGAUCUGGGAACCCGGCACGUCGCCCAGCAGUACGACGCGUCGGGGUCCCCGGUCGGGCCCGGCGACGGCUUCUACGAGCGGCGGGAGGAGCAGCGCCACUUCUCGUCCAGCAGCCAGGGCAGCCAGGCGCUUUACCCGGGGACAUACCCCGGCCACGCCCCCACCCGGGAGGGAUCCCCGUACCACAGACAGGACUCAGCUUAUCCCUCUUAUAGGGCAGGGUAUAACUCAGGCUCCACAGGUUCCAGAGAAGAAACUUCCUCGAACUACAGGCCAUACAGGCCAACUGCAGGAAGUUCCUCUACCCAAUACACGCAAGAGUCUAGAGAGGAAACUUCCUCAGGCUACAGGCCGUACAGGCCAACUUCAGGAGGCUCCUCUACCCAAUACACGCACGAGUCCAGAGAGGAAACUUCCUCAGGCUACAGGCCGUACAGGCCAACUUCAGGAGGUUCCUCUACUCAGUACACGCAAGAGUCCACAGAGGAAACUUCCUCGAACUACAGGCCAACUUCAAGAGGUUCCUCUACCCAACACACGCAAGAGUCUAGAGAGGAAACUUCCUCAGGCUACAGGCCGUACAGGCCAACUUCAGGAGGUUCCUCUACUCAGUACACGCAAGAGUCCACAGAGGAAACUUCCUCAGGCUACAGGCCAUACAGGCCAACUUCAGGAAGUUCCUCUACUCAGUACACGCAAGAGUCCAGAGAAGAAACUUCCUCGAACUACAGGCCAACUUCAAGAGGUUCCUCUACCCAACACACGCAAGAGUCUAGAGAGGAAACUUCCUCAGGCUACAGGCCGUACAGGCCAACUUCAGGAGGUUCCUCUACCCAAUACACGCAACAAUCCACAGAGGAAACUUCCUCGAACUACAGGCCUUACAGGCCAAUUUCAGGAAGUUCCUCUACUCAGUACACGCAAGAGUCCAGAGAAGAAACUGCCUCGAACUACAGGCCAACUUCAGGAGGUUCCUCUACCCAACACACGCAAGAGUCUAGAGAGGAAACUUCCUCAGGCUACAGGCCGUACAGGCCAACUUCAGGAAGUUCCUCUACCCAACACACGCAAGAGUCUAGAGAGGAAACUUCCUCAGGCUACAGGCCAUACAGGCCAACUUCAGGAAGUUCCUCUACUCAGUACACGCAAGAGUCCAGAGACGAAACUUCCUCAGGCUACAGGCCGUACAGGCCAACUUCAGGAGGUUCCUCUACCCAAUACACGCAAGAGUCCACAGAGGAAACUUCCUCAGGCUACAGGCCAUACAGGCCAACUUCAGGAAGUUCCUCUACCCAACACACGCAAGAGUCUAGAGAGGAAACUUCCUCAGGCUACAGGCCAUACAGGCCAACUUCAGGAGGUUCCUCUACCCAAUACACGCAAGAAUCCACAGAGGAAACUUCCUCGAACUACAGGCCAUACAGGCCAACUUCAGGAAGUUCCUCUACUCAGUACACGCAAGAGUCCAGAGAAGAAACUGCCUCGAACUACAGGCCAUACAGGCCAACUUCAGGAAGUUCCUCUACUCAGUACACGCAAGAGUCCAGAGAAGAAACUGCCUCGAACUACAGGCCAUACAGGCCAACUUCAGGAAGUUCCUCUACCCAAUAUACACAAGAGUCUAGAGAGGGAACUUCCUCAGGUUACAGGCCGUACAGGCCAACUUCAGGAGGUUCCUCUACCCAACACACGCAAGAGUCUAGAGAGGAAACUUCCUCAGGCUACAGGCCAUACAGGCCAACUUCAGGAAGCUCUACCCAAAACACGCAAGAGACAAGGGAGGAAUGGUCUUCAGGGUACACGCCAGUCGGAUCGACUUCCUCCUCCUCCCGACCCGAUAGCUCAUCUACCCAGUACACACAUGAAUCGCGAGAGGAAUCUUUAUCCUCGCGCAAACCUCACGUGGACAGAUGGACACACGCGCAACAAACAGAUGAGGAGUUGAAUUUGCCAUACAGGCCAGAUAACAGGCCAUCGAGCAGCUCCACUCAUUAUGCACAGGAUUCAAGGGAGGAUACUUCCACGACCAGUCAGUAUACUCAAGAAAGUACCGAGGAGCCCACUUACCCCAGUCGACCUUCAUAUAGGCCAUCAGGGACCACAUCUCACAAUAGAGAAGAAUCUUAUGAGUCUAGCUGGCAGCAGCGGCGAAGAGAUCACACCUACACUCCUCCAUCUGGUGAUUUUCACACAACCAUUGUCCAACAGAAUACAAGGCAGCCGGAGACCACUACACAGAGUGCACUAGACUCCUCUCGCAGAGAUGGUUCUUCUGAGAUUUACAGUCAGAAUUAUGAACAGUCCAGCUCUGCUAGGAGAGGAUACAACGCAAAAUAUGACCAGCACCAACAGGGAGUUUCUUCACAUAAUUCUCAAGAGGCAUCAGCAGGAAGGCGCCUGACCACAGACGAAGGCAGAGAUACAGUAGGUAUUCCUGGGGUGUUAAGUGGACCACACACCCAGUAUGGCGAUGAUGAAAAGCAUAACAAGGAAAGGUACGACAUCAGUCCCUUGGAAGACAAUGGACCUGAACUCCCUUCUGUUGACAAUGAAUUUGAUUCCUCUUACGUACCUACCCUGGCCCCGGUUGACAGUGAAAUAGACAGUAGUGUUAAUUCUGAAAGGCGACCCGAGCCAGCCAUCCAUACUGACAGGCAGUACCACAACUCUCGCCAGGACACUUCUCGAACCGAUACACAUAGCCAGGCACGUCCUUCUCAUGGCUACAGUGACUCUUCAUACCAUUACCAGCGCAACCGCACUUCUACACAAGGAGCGAUAAACAGUGUCCCAGCAUCCACACCCGCACAAGCAUCAGACACAGAUGAUGCCUCUUCAUACGGUUAUCCUGGUGUUGAAGGUACCAGUCGCUACCACUAUAACGAGUCGUGGAGACAUUCAACCAAUGUUGACAGUCAGCCACAGCCACCUUAUGGAUCUACUAGCAGUUCCUCAAGUUCAUCUCAAGUCAGAAAUUGUGGACAGGUCAGCUGUAUAGUCGUAGGGGAUGGACACCUAUCUUCCUCCAGGCAAACACAAACACGUGUAAGCACCAGAUAUGUCAAUGGGGAAUUGGUUGGAAUAACACAUCAUAUCCGCCAGUACGAAGAUGGAAAACUUGUUCAUGAAAACAGAACAGAACAAUCGGUUGAUGACCUUUCCGAAGAAGACCUGCGCAGAUAUGGAAUCGAUCAGCUCCACUUAGUGCAGGGGAGUUACCAGCCAGAAAGCUACUCUCAGCGUCAUGAGGUCCGACAAGAGAAGAAGUACGUAAAUGGUGAACAAAUAUACGACCUUCAUCAUGAAAGACGGUUUGAGGAUGGAUCCUUAGUUUACGAAAACCGAACUGAAAAAGAUCCCGAUGAUUUAGGCAUUUCAAGUCCUGGAGGGUAUGAGGGUUCCUACUCCCACACCCAACAGGAAGGGGGCGCCAGACAUGAGGUAACGCAGUCACAACAUCUGCAGCAGCAUGUCACUUCCGGUGCUGUGGGAGAUAUUACUGCUGGACAAGCCUCAGAAUCGCAACAGGUGACAGACACUGCCCAUGUGUCAGUUGUUCCAGUUUACACAAGUCGCAGGUACGAAACUCGCCGACAGCAAGAAUUUGUCGACGGUCAACCUACGUAUGACCUGCACCAUGAGCGCCAUUUUAACAACGGAUCUCUUGUCUAUGAAAACAAGACAGAGCUGAACGAGGGCGAACUGCGCGCCUCCCACUCCCCGGGCCACCAGGACGCUCUCCACCAGAUCCUGUCUGGAAACACCCUCAGCACUGCCUACGACGGGUCCUCCUCUGCCACGGCACAUGGCUCGUAUGGCAGCGGUCUCGAGAUUUCGCAAAGCUCCUACGGCGAGUCGGCCUCCUCGCAGUCCGCUGGGUCCUACGGUGGGUCUUCAGCUUCCUACCAUGGCUCUGAAUCCUCGCGGCAGACUGGAGUGUAUGGAGAGUCAGCUUCGUCGCAGCUUGGUGGAUCUUACAGCGGAUCAUUGUCCCAAGACAGUGGAACUUAUGGUGGGAUAGGAUCAUCCUUCAGUUCUUCAUCCUCCAGCGAGAGUCACGAAUCCUCCAUGACCAGUGGCUUUCCAGCAGGACACGGCGCCAGCUCUUCAAGGGCCACCACAUCCGUCCUUGGAGCAGGUUCCUUUAGCGGUUCGUCUCAGCAGGAAUCCUCUGGAGGCUGCCUCUCUUGCAUGUUAAUUGGAGGUUCAGGAUUCUCUGACCAAGGAUCUCUGGGCGUGUCCGGAUCUGCAGGGGCAGAUGGCUACAAUCACCGGCAGGAGAUGAACAUGGAGGAGCAUUACGAGGACGGCCAGUUAAUUCACGGCCAGGAGGAAAGCCGCGUCUUCGAGAACGGACAGCUGGUGCACGAGAGUCAGAGACAGUAUGCUGAUGCCCCAGGGCAAUCGUACCGAGCUUCGGCACUUCAGUCUGCGAAAACUUCAUCUGUCGAGGCUGGCUCGUGCGAAACGAGUUACUGUAAGAACGGGGGAACGUGCAUCUCCGGCUUCAUGGGUCCUUUGUGUACUUGUCCCUUCGGAUUCAAAGGAAAAGACUGCAGCGAAGCGUACUGUCCCAAACGGUUCUGCCGCUACGGGGGAUCGUGCCAAGUGGAGGGUGCGAGGCACGUCUGCGUGUGCGAGGAGGGCUACACAGGGUACCGGUGCCAGAGCCGAACUUACAGACACGCCCGCAGACAUGCUUCCAAGCCCUAGGGCGUCUCCAGUUACUCUGUCGGCGUAGAAUUUAGUCUACAGCGGACACAUACUAAAUCUUAAAGGUCCAAGAAUUUGGACCGUGUAUGUCCUGAUUUUAAUUGCAAAGGGACCUGAUAUUUGGUGUUGGGUAGCACUGAAGGUAGUCAUUUUUGUGCCGAUUUUUCAUAUGGAACUUCCAAGACAUUUACAUAUCUCAUGGUGUGAUUAUCGUUACAGUAUUUUAUUAAACUUCUUGUCCUUUAAGUUAUAGGCAUUGAUAUUCAUAUCAGCUACAGUGUUGUUUGCAUAAUGAUUUAUAUAGUAAUAUACCUGUUGUUUAUACUUAUUUAGAGUCAGUGUAUGUCUGAAUAUUUUCCUCGUUCUUAAUGUGUAGUUAUUUUUUGUUGAUAUGAAACAGUGCCUAGCAAGCUACAUGCUAUGUAUUUAUUAAAAUAGUUGGUCUCGUUAUCAUUGGGUAGCAAAUGUUUGCAUUAAAGCAAUGCAGGCAGAGGUAGACAGCGAAGUUUGCUCAGCAGACGAAUACUAGGUUGUGUAAGGAAGUCUACCAGUGCUAUACCAUUCACCGGCGGUGCUUUGAAAGGUUAGAUUGACUAACGAAGUUCAACAGAAACACAUACAUUUUGUGUCGCGUAUUCUCAAUAUUCAACUAUUUAUUUAAUGAUGUUAUGCAUCUAGAAUUCUAGAUUAGAAUCUAACAUAUUACUGAAAUAAGGUGCAAAAUGUUAUGUCUGAAUAAAACUACAGUUGUUAAC